UACCGCGGCCGUGUGUGAUAUCACAGCCGCGUGCGAUGUGAUACCACAGCGCCUGGGAGCCGCGGGCGCGGAACGCGGAGCGCACGGAGCGCAGGGAGCGCCGCCCGCGGGCAGCCCCAGCCCCAGCCCCGCGGGACGCGCUCGGCGGCGCAGCAUGGGGAGCGUGCAGCUGCAGGACUUCGUGGCGGGCUUGGUGGGCGGAAUUGCCAGUGUGGUUGCGGGCCAUCCCCUGGACACAGUCAAGACUCGCUUGCAAGCUGGACAAGGAUAUGGAAAUACGCUCAAGUGUAUUCUCACUGUGUACAGAAAUGAGUCUCUGGCUGGCUUCUUCAAGGGCAUGUCGUUCCCGCUGGCCAGCAUCGGCGUCUACAGCUCGGUGGUGUUCGGGGUGUUCAGCAGCACGCAGCGCUGGCUGGGCCGGCUGCGCCACGGGGACGCGCCCGCCGCGCCCUCGCUCGCCGACGUGGCGCUGGCCAGCGUCGUGGCAGGGGGCAUCUCCGUGGGCAUCGGCACCCCCGUGGAGCUGGUCAAGAUCAGGCUGCAGAUGCAGACACAGCCGUACGCCAAAGCAAAAGUUAAGCUAAAUUCCACAGCUCCUGGAUCUCCUGUGUACCGAGGCCCAAUCCACUGCUUAAGGACAAUCCUGCAGAAGGAGGGGAUAGCAGGAAUAUACCGAGGCAAUGUAGCAAUGCUCCUGAGGGAUAUCCCCGGGUACCUCGCCUAUUUCAUCCCGUAUGCAAUGUUCUGUGACUGGAUAACUCCUGAUGGAAGCCUUUCUCCUAAUGCCUUCGCUAUCUGGAUGGCAGGGGGUAUAGCAGGAGCUGUUUCCUGGGCAGUAAGUACUCCAAUGGAUGUUGUGAAAAGUAGACUUCAGGCAGAUGGAGUUUACUCAAACCAGUACAAAGGGACCCUUGACUGCAUGCUGCAGAGCUACCAGAACGAGGGCUUGAAAGUGUUUUGUAGGGGGCUCAUGGUCAAUACAGUGCGAGGAUUCCCUUCGAGUGCCGCCAUGUUUCUUGGCUAUGAACUUUCUCUCAAAGCAAUGAAAAGAUGCCAAAGUGACACCAAUCCCUAACUUCCAGUGUUUCCAAGAAGACAAGAAAGUCUCCUGCUUUCCUGAGCCAGCCCAGCAGUGUGGUGUUGGUGAGGGCUCAGCUGCUCUGACUGAAGACUCCAUCCUGCACCUGCAGCAACUGCUGUGGACUCGUGGUCCAUGGACUCCAAAAAUCGCACCAGCGCCAUCAAAUCCAAAGACUAUUUUACUUCAAAUCUUUCCUUGUUGACUAAGAACACCUUAAUAAUUCCAGUGGUGGUGGUGGGCUUCUUCAGCAAUGACAUUUUUUCCUAUUGAACCAGGAAGACAAUUUUCUUCCCUUUCCCAAGGGAUGUACCCAAAUCCAGCCCACCCCAAAUCACCAAGGGAGCAUCUCUUGUACAGCACAGUGUUAUAGCACUCAUCCUCCUCAGUGAACAAGGAAAGGAGGAAAUGUGGUGGGUACACAGGUGCUUUUUCUGUAGGAAGGUCGAUUCCCACCAAAUCCUAGCUUGCUUUCAGGUUCAAAGAAGUGGGUGACUCCUCCCAUACAAACACUUGUGUUCUACAAUACAGUUUGGCUCAAUUUAACACAUUUUCAUGAAAAAUGUAAAGGCUUCAACAACUUCAGUCUGUUAUCCAAGGUAUAAAUUAAAUUGGGAAACAGGAGGAUGUUAAAUUCAGAGAAUAAGCUGCUUUUGUUAAUACAGAAAACAAUAAAACAAGUCUGCAUUUUAUAUAGAAAGCUGCCUAUUACCUUAUACAGCUUGUCUGGUGCAGCCCUCCAGGGACUGGCUUGAGGCAUCUCAUCAGACCUCCUGAGCUCCCUGACAUGACUUGCCAGCUGCCAAAACGUGCAGACAUCACUUUGCAGCCGUGAGCAGACCAUCACCAAAGGAAGUCUUCCGGACUCAGUACACUUCAGACCUCCAGCUCUUUACUGGAAUCCCACUGAGACCACUGGGGGUCUCUUUGGUCUACCUCAGCCUCUCAUUUAUGCCAAGAUCUUUUACAUCAUGAUUAUUUCUCUUUAUGCUGUUAAAUAUCCUUAUGAUUUAUUUUCUAAGCAUGGAGCUUUUGAUGCCAAAGCCCAAGAAGAUCCAGCUUUGCUGUGACAAGAAGACUCUGUUGGCACUGGCAGGAGAGGCCAAGGAGGCUCACAUGCAGAGAGACAUAUGACAUAGGGGAAUAAUCUAGCACAACCCUUCAUCUGGGAAAUAUUCUAGAGGAACAGCUCUUCCUCCGGAGAAGAGCUCUGGGGGGAAAGCCCAGUGACAGAAGUUUCAGUAGAUACCCUCAGAAAAAAAGUUUCUGAAGACAAUGUGGAGCAGGUAUCCAGCUUUCCUCCAUAAAAUGAGGAAAAGGAAAGAGAAACUCUUGUGUCCUAUUCCUGGAUCAGUGGGGGAAUUGGUCACAACACUUGGAGAUCUCAGCAGAAAGUGCCUAAAACUUUGGGUCUGGAGCAGUACUUGGAAAUGGAGCAGUGGAGCCCAGAUUAAAAACAGAAGUGUGGGUGCUCCCAGGACUGGCCUUAAAAUGGGCAAGAAACAGCUGGUGUUGCUUCAUCUCAGGACUUCACUGUGAGAAGGCUCACAGCACUUUUGACCUUCUUUAGGAUACAUGGAACUGCUUUUGAUAAACAAGAUGGAAAAAACUGAUGAGCCUUCACACAAGUAUUUGUUGCUGGCUGCAUUUAAGGGUUCAUCCUUUUCAUGUUGCCUAUUCUAAUGCGUGUAUGUAAAACAUGUUUUUUAGAUGGUGAUAUCACGUGUCUCCAGGGAUAAUACUUGGGCAGACUAUUUUGUCAAUGCCAAUAAAUGGUGUGUUCAUCUGCCCACAAAAUGUAAAAUGGAUCAUGAAUGAAUUAAACUGAUGAG